UCUCUAUUGACUAACAUGGCAUUCAAGGUAUUUGCACUGGCCGCCCUUGUGGUUGUCGCUAUCGCCCGUCCAGACAGCCCACCUACAUACGGCUAUUCUGCCCCCACACCCUCUUACGCACCCGCCAAGUACGACUUCAAUUACGCUGUAAACGACCAACCAUCAGGCAACGACUUCGGGCAUGAAGAAGCCCGUGAUGGCGACCACACGCAAGGAUCCUACUACGUCCUUCUUCCCGACGGUCGUCUGCAGAGGGUCACCUACAAUGUGAACGGAGAUUCCGGUUACGUGGCUGAUGUCACUUACGAGGGAGAAGCUCAGUACCCCACACCAAAAGCCUCCUAUGGUCCUCCUCAGCCUUCCUACAAGCCUCCCACCCCCUCCUAUGCUUAAAAAUAGUGCUUCAGAUAUUUAUUGAUCUCGGAUCAUUAUAAAUACUAGAUAAUAAAGAAGUAA